AUGAACAAGGAACAGGUCAUAAAGACGUCCCGGGUGACGGGUAUGGAAAUCAGUGGUCUUGAAAGCAAUGAGUACCUGGAACUCCCUGAGGUGUACUCCCACACUGUGAUUCCUGUGAAACCUGAAAAUAUUCCCAAACAGGAGGAUGUAAAGCAAUGGCCGUAUCUCCAUGAAGUGAAGAUUCCACACAUUGAAGCAGAAGUCAGUAUGUUGAUUGGGAACAAUGUUCCUAAGGCUUUGGAACCAUGGAUGAUAAUUAACAGCCAGGGAAAUGGUCCUUAUGCAGUUAAAACCACUCUUGGGUGGACAGUGAACGGGCCGCUCACAAACGGCACUGGCAAGGUCAUCACAGCAAACAGGAUCUCUCUGGUGAAGAUUGAAGAGUUACUACAACAACAGCUGAAGCAUGAUUUCCCAGAGCGUCAGCAUGAGGAGCGCUUAGAGAUGUCUCAAGAAGACCAUGCAUUCUUGAAAAAGGUUUCUAACUCAGUGCCUUUGAGAAAUGACAACGCUGAGUUCCCAAACAACCGCUGUCUGGCUGAGCAAAGAGCCAUAAGCUUAAAAAGAAAACUGCUAAAGAACACACCAUUUCAUGAGGAAUACAAAAGAUUCAUGGCUGACAAUUUAAGGAAAGGGUUUGCUAUCCAAAUAACACCACAGGAGAUGCAAAAGAAAACCAAGAUGGCAAAGACAUGGUACAUACCUCAUCAUGGGGUGUAUCACCCAAAAAAGCACAAGUUAAGGAUAGUGUUUGAUUGUGGAGCUACUUACCAAGGUCUGUCACUCAAUUCUCAGCUUCUACAAGGCCCAGAUCUCACCAACAGUCUUACUGGUGUCCUAACAAGGUUUCGGCAAGGGACUGUCGCCUUUAUAGCUGAUGUGGAGGCCAUGUUUCACCAAGUCCGAGUACCCGACGAGGACUCUGAUCUUUUAAGAUUCUUGUGGUGGCCUGAUGGAGAAUUGUGCAAGGAUCUUGAGGAUUACAAGAUGGUGGUACACAUCUUUGGAGCCACAUCAUCUCCCAGCUGUGCAACUUUUGCUUUACAGCAAUGUGCGAGAGACAACAUUGCCAACUUUGACCCAGAAGUCACACAGACAGUUCUCAGAAACUUUUACGUGGACGACUGCCUAAAGUCUAUAAAUUCUGAGCAAGAGGCCAUUCUACUCGCCAAAAAUCUCAUCAGGCUGUGCGCUACUGGUGGUUUUAAGCUGAAUAAAUGGAUCAGUAACAGCAGGUCGUUGCUUCUCUCCAUCCCAGAACAGAUCCUAGCACAAGAGAUAAAAGAUCUGGAUCUGAAUCAAGACGCACUGCCCAAUGAAAGAGCUCUUGGGGUGCAAUGGUCUAUCCAGUCUGAUGCAUUUGUCUUCAAAAUCCAUCUUCAAGACAAGCCACUUACCAGGAGAGGAAUCUUGUCUAUGGUGAGUUCCAUAUAUGAUCCUCUGGGUAUGUUGGCACCAGUCAUCCUCUCUGCAAAGCAGAUACUACAGGAGUUAUGUGGAUUAAGGCUUGCUUGGGACGAUCCCAUACCAGGAAACCUACACAGGAGAUGGUUAAGCUGGCUAACUGACCUGUCCCAACUGGAGAAGUUCAAAGUUAGGAGAUGCCUCUUGCCAGAGAAUUUUGGUACCCUCACUUCAGCUCAGCUCCAUCAUUUCUCGGAUGCGAGUGAAAGUGGUUAUGGCACUGUCUCCUACCUAAGACUUCAGGAUGAUGAGCACAAAGUUCACUGUGCCUUUGUUAUGGGCAAAGCAAGGGUGGUGCCAUUAAAACCCAUCACCAUCCCAAGGCUUGAACUCACAGCAGCUACUAUGGCUGUACGAAUGGAUAGAAUGCUGCAGUCAGAACUUGAACUUUCUUUGAUGCCUUCAGUCUAUUGGACAGAUAGCACGUCUGUGCUUAAGUAUCUGAGAAAUGAAACCUCUAGAUUUCACACGUUUGUUGCCAAUAGAGUGUCCAGUAUCCGUGCUUCAUCUGACAUUACACAGUGGCGUUAUGUCAGUGGCACUCUGAAUCCUGCUGAUUGUGCAUCCAGAGGCGUAUCAGUCACUCGUUUCCUGAAUUCAGUGUGGAUCCAAGGUCCUGAAUUCCUACAACAUCCAGAAACUGAGUGGCCGCGAAGUCCAGAAUGCACAUUGACACAGGAUGAUCCCGAAGUAAAGGUCUUCACCGUAAGUGUUGUUCCCGUGAAUGAACAAGUGAAUACUGUCAUGAAAUUCAUCACUUACUACUCCGAGUGGCUACGACUUCGAAAGACUGCAGCGUGGAUGUUAAAAAUCAAAGCCACAUUGAGAGGUGCCUGUAAGGAAAAGGAAAAGAAACCUGCUCAUGGAAAAGGAAAAAGAAAUGACAAACACCUGCUAUCUGUGGAGGACAUGCAGGUAGAUAAAAAUGCCAUCAUUCAAUUUUGUCAGUCAACAGACUACAAAGAGGAACUGGAGUCUCUGAGGAAAGGAAUGUCUGUGAAGAAGAACAGCCACAUACAUAAACUUACCCCGGUUCUUCAGGAUGAACUAAUAAGAGUUGGUGGAAGCACUGGAAGGCAGACCACACUAACUUUGGCUGCACCAGUACACUCUUUGCCCAUAUUAAACCAUAUACAAACGGUAUCUAUACCCAGAACGUACAAACCCAAUGCAAAUCACACUAAAAGAAGUAUCAAUCAGGAAAAUCUAAUAAAGAUACAAACCUUAUCAGCACACAAUGAAACUUGUACAAUCCUAAAACUGGGCCUUAUUAACAUUCGGUCCUUAACAUCAAAAGGUGCACUUAUAAAUGAGCUGAUAACGGACAAAAACAUUCAAAUACUUUUCCUAACUGAAACCUGGCUAAAACCAGAUGAAUUCCUAGCCUUAAAUGAGUCCACCCCUCCAAGUCAUGUUAACUGUCACAUCCCCCGCAGCACAGGGCGUGGAGGUGGAGUAGCUACAAUUUCCCUCGCUAACCUAUGUAUUUCCCCAAGACCUACAUUUAAAUUUGCAUCAUUUGAAGUCCUCGUACUUCAUCUUAUGCAUCCAAACUCAAAAGCCACUCAGCCGGUCACUCUCGUGACACUAUAUAGACCACCAGGCCCCUACACUGAAUUUUUAUCUGAAUUUUCUGACUUCCUAUCCGCCCUGGUUGUAAACUCUGAUAAAAUCCUCAUAGUGGGAGAUUUUAAUAUCCACAUGGAUAAUGAAAAUAAUAGCCUUACAAUUGCAUUCCAAUCACUAAUAGACUCUAUCGGGUUCUCCCAACAUGUAAACACACCAACUCACCACCAUAAUCACACCAUUGACCUUGUAUUAACACAUGGCCUAGAAAUUGACCGCCCUCUAGUUCUACCUCAAAAUACUGCCCUUUCAGAUCACCACCUAAUUACAUUCAACAUGAAAUUAGAUCUCCGUCCAACAACGGAAUUAACCUACUUCUACAGCCGCUGUCUAUCCGACAGGACUACAGCAGAAUUCAUAUCAAAACUACCAGUCGCUCUUGCCACAGCUCCUACCACUGGCAAAGUAAAUGACGUACGCACACCCCCACCCCAUAUCGGCCUACUAACGGAUGGCGUCAUACAUGCGCUCCACUCAACCCUUGACGCUGUUGCGCCACUAAAAAAGAGAAUAAGAAAACUGAAAAGACUGGCCCCAUGGUACACUGAUCAGACUCGUGCACUUAAACAAACCACACGAAAACUAGAAAAAAAAUGGUACUCCACCAAACUUGAGGUAUUCCACCUGGCAUGGAAGGAUAGUCUUCUAAGCUAUAAACGAGUACUUUCUGAGGCAAAAUCGGCUUACUAUUCUUCAUUGAUUGACAAUAAUAAAAACAACCCAAAGUUCCUAUUUAACACCAUUUCUAGGCUAACAAAAAACCACAAUACAAUCGAACAUUCUGUUCCCAUAAGCUUUAGUGGUAAUGAUUUCAUGACCUUUUUCAAUAACAAAAUUCUAACAAUAAGAGAACAAAUUCAUAGUCUCCUCCUUACACCUCUUCCAAAAUGCCCUAUGGCUAUGGCAACACCCCCUAAACCUGGUGCUCUCCUUGAAUCCUUCGCACCCAUUGACCUCCCUGAACUAAACUCCCUGAUCCUCUCAUCUAAAUCAUCGACGUGCCUACUAGACCCUAUCCCCACAAAACUUCUUAAACAUGCACUAUUGUUAUUAAGUGAGACAUUACUUAAUGUAAUGAAUAAUUCACUAAUUUCCGGAUACGUCCCCAAAUCAUUUAAAAUAGCAGUGAUCAAACCAUCUCUCAAAAAACCUAACCUUGAUCCUGAUAAUCUAGCUAACUAUAGACCCAUAUCUAACCUCCCCUUCUUGUCAAAAAUACUUGAAAAAAUAGUAGCUAAGCAACUUACUUCCUUUCUACACCAAAACAAAAUCGAAGAAACCCUCCAAUCUGGCUUUAGAGCCCACCACAGCACUGAAACGGCCUUAGUCAAAGUCCUGAAUGACCUACUAAUCGCAUCCGAUCAUGGGUGCACCUCAAUACUAGUUCUCCUAGACCUUAGUGCCGCCUUCGACACUAUAGAUCACCAUAUCCUAUUACAGAGACUUGAACAUCAUGUUGGCAUCAAAGGCUGUGCCUUAUCCUGGUUUAGAUUAUUUAGAUCUUACCUCUCUGAUCGCCAUCAAUUCGUUCACGUCCAUGAGAAGUCAUCCAAUCACACUAGAGUAAGCUACGGUGUUCCCCAAGGCUCUGUCCUCGGACCACUGCUCUUUUCCCUUUACAUGCUACCCUUAGGUGCUGUCAUAAGGAACCAUGGCAUUAACUUCCACUGCUAUGCUGAUGACACCCAACUCUACCUAUCCAUGAAACCUGAUGAAAUUGUUCAUUUACCCAAGAUAGAAACUUGCCUGCAAGAUGUAAAAUCUUGGAUGGCUAACAACUUCCUGCUCCUCAACUCUGAUAAAACUGAGGUUAUGCUUGUAGGCCCCGAUCAAUUGAGAAUGACACUAUCUAGCCAUCUAUCCACACUCGAUGGCAUCCCAACACCCAAUACUAGCAUCAAAAACCUUGGUGUAACUAUCAACCAAGACCUCCUAUUUGACUCACACAUAAAACAGAUCUCAAAGACAUCAUUUUUUCAUUUACGCAAUAUUGCCAAAAUUAGAAAAGUCCUAUCCCUCCAAGAUGCAGAAAAACUAAUCCACGCAUUUAUUACUUCCCGACUAGAUUACUGCAAUGCUCUCCUGUCCGGAUGCAGCAUCAACUCAAUAAAGAGCCUCCAACUUAUACAGAACGCUGCUGCCCGUACACUCACCAGAACUAAAAAAUAUGAGCACAUCUCACCUGUACUUGCCUCUCUGCAUUGGCUCCCUGUCAAAAGUAGAAUUGAUUUCAAAGUACUCCUGCUAACAUACAAAGCCCUAAAUGACCUGGCUCCAAACUACCUUAAGGAACUAGUUGUCCCCUACUGCCCCCUAAGACCGCUCCGUUCCCAGAGUGCAGGCCUCCUUGUAAUUCCAAGAAUAUCAAAAACCACAGUAGGAGGCAGAGCCUUUAGCUACCGAGCCCCCCUCCUCUGGAACAAUCUCCCUGCCUCCAUCCGAGAUGCAGACACCCUACCUAUAUUCAAAUCAAGACUAAAGACAUUCCUCUUUAGUGCAUCCUAU